AGGAAUGUUGUGACCUGACGUCACCCGGGCGAGUUACCUCCCCGCGCCGCCGCCGCCGGGCUCAGCGUGAGUCCCGGAGCCCUUGAGCGUCAGCGCCGAGCCCCCGGAGCCCCCGAGCCCAGCCACAGCGCCGCGCCCCUGCCCCCGGCCUGCGCGCCCCGCCGGGCCCGCGCGAUGCCCUCGGACCGGCCUUUCAAGCAGCGGCGGAGCUUCGCCGACCGCUGUAAGGAGGUGCAGCAGAUCCGCGACCAGCACCCCAGCAAGAUCCCGGUGAUCAUCGAACGCUACAAGGGGGAGAAGCAGCUGCCCGUCCUGGACAAGACCAAGUUUCUGGUCCCAGACCAUGUCAACAUGAGCGAGUUGGUCAAGAUCAUCCGGCGCCGCCUGCAGUUGAACCCCACGCAGGCCUUCUUCCUGCUGGUCAACCAGCACAGCAUGGUGAGCGUGUCCACGCCCAUCGCCGACAUCUACGAGCAGGAGAAGGACGACGACGGCUUCCUCUACAUGGUCUACGCCUCCCAGGAAACCUUCGGUUUCUGAGCCAGCAGUUGGGGGGGUUGGGGGAGUGGCCUGGGAGUGGGGGGCCCUGUCAGGCACUACCCAGGGGAAUCCUGGCUCCUGAACUGAGCUGCCUGUGCCCCUGGCGGGCUGGGCAGAAAUGCCAUCCCCAGGGCCAGGGGACCCCCAUCAGGCCUACUGGCCUCUGGGUGGCUCCUGGACCAGUCUCCCUGUUAGGCUUUCUCCUGAGUGCUGGCUGGGAUGGGAUGGGGAACAGUCCCCAGCACCCCCGCUCUGCGUGUUUUUUUUUUUUUUUUUUAAUUUUAGGCCCCUGCCUGUCUACCCACCUGCCCUCCCCCACCUGAGGCGCUACCCCUGCCUGGACUCCCCCACCCCUCUUCCCCCAGGACUGGCCCCCGACUCUCCCAUCCUGACAUGCUGUAUGGAUCUGGGUCUCUGGCCCUCCGCAGAAUAAAGACCGCUCAGGCCUGCCUGGC